GGUUCUGGAACCGGACCCGGACCCGAACUCCCAUUGCUCCCUUAUUCGUCUUCUCCGAGGGAGAAAGAGAGAGCCAUGGCGAGUGAAUACAGAUGCGUGGGAUGUGGGUUUAGGGUUAAGUCAUUGUUCAUUCAAUACUCUCCUGGUAACAUUCGUAUCAUGAAAUGCGGAAACUGCAAGGAAGUAGCAGACAAAUACAUCGAGUGUGAACGCAUGAUCAUUUUCAUUGAUUUAAUCCUUCACAGACCAAAGGUGUAUAGACACGUCCUCUACAAUGCAAUCAAUCCAGAAACUGUCAAUAUUCAGCAUCUGAUGUGGAAGCUGGUAUUUGCGUAUCUUCUUCUAGACUCUUAUAGAAGCUUGUUACUGAGAAGAACUGAUGAGAAAUCAAGCUUUUGUGAGAGCUCGGUUCUUAUAUCUAUAAAGGUUCUAAUCGGUGUUUUAUCUGCAAACGCUGCAUUUGUCUUCUCUUUUGCCAUUGCGGCAAAGAGUUUGCUAAAUGAAGUUUCUAGAAGAAGAGAGAUUGUGUUGGGAAUAUUGAUCUCGAGUUACUUCAAGAUCUUUCUGCUUGCUAUGUUGGUAUGGGAGUUCCCAAUGUCAGUGAUCUUCAUUGUUGAUAUACUUAUCUUAACAUCAAACUCCAUGGCUCUUAAAGUGAUGACUGAAUCAACGGCCACCAGAUGCAUAGCCGUAUGCUUAAUCGCGCACUUGGUUAGAUUCUUGGUGGGGCAGAUCUUUGAGCCGACAACAUUCUUGACACAGUAUGGAUCUCUGAUGUAUCUGUCUUCAUUAUUCAGAAUCGCUUGGGAAGUUAGUGAAGCCAGCCGUCUCCCAGCUCGGAUAGAUAUGGGUCAAGUGUACGGAUACAAUCCUAUGGAGACACGUUGAAGUGCCUCGUAGCUGUCUACGACAACAACAACGACUAAAACUGGCCAAUCGAAUAAAGAUACGUUAACAACAACAACACCAACGUUGGAGUAAUCUAAACUGGCCAAUCUACUUGGGAUACGUUAAAGCUUGGGAUUGGGCCGUGUAGUUUUCACAUGUGGAAGUCUUAUUGGUGUCCUUUAUUCAGAAAAAAAAAAAAAAAAAACACAAAAGGCUCUUUUGAAACUUAAAAAUCCUCAUCCUUUGGUACAGAUAUUAGCAUUGAAAUCUGUGGAGAUUUGUUACAUCAUUUUUAAAAAAGAAAAUUUAUAAUUGAUAUGAAAUUUUGCAAAUAAAAUAAACAAAUUGUAAUAUUGUGAUAUAUUACAAUUUGUUUUUCAGUGUGCCCUCUCUGUUAUUAGAUUCUUGACGCAAUGUGAGUAUGAAUCGGAUACGACCUGUUAAACCCCAAUGAUCCAGCCAAUGAUGGAGAUAAAAAA